AAACUCUUAAGAGCCCUAAAAAGUUUCCCUUCGUAAGCUUUGUCUCACUCCGUCGUCUCUUUCGCCGUCGCCACCACUCGUAAACCCCUUCGGUGUUCCUCUAAUGGCGGCCAAUCAAAGCUCCGAUCACGGAAUCGACGAAAACACGCGCCUUUACCAUCCUUACCAGAACUACGAGGUCCCGAUCAAAGCUCAGUAUCUUUACAAGCUUCCUACUUCUCCCGAAUACCUCUUCACGGAAGAGUCCCUCAAACAGCGUCGAUCUUGGGGAGAGAACCUGACGUUCUACACGGGGACGGGUUAUCUCGGUGGCUCUGUAGCCGGCGCUUCAGCCGGGAUCGUCUCCGGUAUAAAGAGCUUCGAAAAUGGAGACACGAGUAAGCUGAAAAUCAACAGGAUCCUGAAUUCGUCUGGUCAUUCGGGUCGCUCCUGGGGUAAUAGAAUCGGGAUUGUUGGGUUGAUCUACGCAGGGAUUGAGAGCGGCGUAGUGGCGGUAACGGAUAGGGACGAUGUUUGGACCAGUGUGGUGGCUGGUCUCGGAACCGGAGCUGUCUUUAGAGCAGCGAGAGGGGUUAGAUCUGCGGCUGUGGCUGGUGCUCUUGGAGGAAUUGCGGCUGGUGCGGUUGUGGCGGGGAAGCAGGCUUUGAAGCGGUAUGCUCACAUAUGAAGAAGAACCAGACUUAUCUUUAGAGACAAUCAUAAAAAAGAUCAAAGCUUUCUAGUGUAGAAUUCUGGUUUUCAUAUAGCAUAAAUUAACCUGUGAACCUUUUAUAUAUAUAUAAUGAUACAGGUUUUUAUGUUUGGUAUU